UACCGAAGAUUAUCGAGCACAUGUUGUGAAACGAUCUGUACUUGCCGGUAAAUGUCAAACACUAAAUUGUUCGUUUACUGGUGAAUUGCAUACAAUGAAAGAGUUCUGCGGGGGUGAAGCAUUAUGGAACACGUCAUUAACAUGGGGAAAUGACAGACUAUACCCAGGUUUCACAGAAUGUUUCCAGAACACGGUUCUGGUCUGGGUCCCGAGUGGAUGGUUGUUCUUGGCCUCUGUUGUGUACUUUCCCUACCUCUUGUAUCAACCCUCGAAGGUGUUGCUAAGGACGAAGAAGAAUCGCUUGAAACUGGUGAUAGCAGUGCUGCAAAUGAUAGUCCUCAUUGUGGAGUUAUCGCACCGGGCAUACGAGCUUAACAGAAAACAGGAGACCUACUGGCAGGCCAGUUUCGUGGGGCCUCUUAUUGAAGCCGUCACAAUGGUCCUAGUGGCGGUAUAUAUAGAGUUGGAACGGAGAAAGGGCAUCGUAACAUCAGGAGUUCUCUUUAUUUACUGGGUGAUUGCAAACAUUGGUUACGUCAUCCCAUUCUACCUACGCUUGAUUGAAAAGGAGUAUGAAACAUUUCUUCUGGGAUUUGUGAUGUCCAACAUUUACUUCCUCAUGAGUGUGGCCCAGCUUGUGUUGAGUUGCCUUGCAGAAGAGGUACCAGUCACUACAAGAAAGAAGCCAUGUCCAGAGUCAAGUGCCUCCUUCUUCUCAAGGUUGUUCUUUCAAUGGAUACAAAGCUUAGUGGUGACUGGUUACCGCCAACCACUUGCAGAGGACGACAUGUUUUCAUUAAAAGUGGAGGACCAGUCUAAAACACUGGUAGUUCCAUUUGAACAAAACUGGCUGAAAGAAGAAAUAAAACUGCAAAUAAGGAAAGGAAUAAAUAGAACACGUGACCAAACCUACUCCGUCCAGUUUGAACCAGUUGCUAGCGAAUCCUACAAUGAAUUCUCUGAAAGAACACCUCUGUUGAAAAACCAUUCCAAAGUGAACGCUCAGUCAGAAAGUUCUGAUGAAAAAAAGAACAAAGUGGGAGUCUCGUUGUACAAAGUGCUGUUUAAGACGUUUGGAUUUGAAUUGUUUAGGAGCAAUCUCCCGAAGUUUUUCUACGAUGUAUUACUGUUUGUCAACCCAUUCUUGUUGAGACAAUUGAUAGAUUUUACUGAGGAUACCACUCAACCCACGUGGAAGGGUUACGUAUACAGCGUGGGAUUCUUUGCAGUCAGUGUACUUCAGGGCUUGUUAAUGCACAACAUGUAUCACCAAUCCAUGACCUUGGGCAUAAAGUUAAGGUCCACUUUGAUAUCGGCCAUUUUCAAAAAGUCUCUGCGAUUGAGCAAUCAGGCUCGCACAGAAUCCACUUCUGGUGAAAUCAUGAACCUGAUGUCGGUUGAUGCCCAAAAUAUCAAGGAUCUGUGUGAAUAUAUGUGGUGCCUGUGGUCAGGACCUUUGCAGAUAAUUGUCUGUGUGAUUCUACUCUACUAUACUGUUGGCUUUGCCAUGUUUGCUGGGCUGGGUGUCAUGCUGCUGUUAACACCGGUCAAUCUGAUCACCACGUCCAAGGUACAGACGUACCAGAAAACCAUGAUGGAGUUCAAGGACUCAAGAAUCAAGCUGAUGACUGAGAUACUGAACGGGAUCAAGAUUUUAAAGUUGUACGCUUGGGAGAUGGCGUUCGGUGAGAAAAUAACCUUGAUACGAGGCAAGGAACUGGCCAUGAUGUAUAAGGAGCAAAUGAUGUACAGCAUAUCUACUCUGUCUUGGACCGUAGCACCAUUUACUGUCGGUCUAGCAACAUUUGCCACAUAUAUUUUUACCAAAGAAGACCAUCGGUUCGACCCGCAGUCCAUAUUCGUUGCCAUUGUUCUCUUCAACAUUCUUCGGUUUGCGAUGAACGUGGCCCCGGAACUAUUUAUGGAGCUUGUCAUGUGCUGGGUGUCUGUUGCUAGGAUACAGGCUUACCUGAAUAAAGCGGACAUUGACACUUCCAAUGUGACCCAUCUCUCGGAUAGUAAGAAUGCAGUAUCAAUCAUGGAUGGCACAUUUCUUUGGGAUAAGGAAAUAGGUCCAGCAUUAAAAAGGAUCAACCUACAGAUCCCUAAAGGGAGUCUGGUGGCCAUAGUGGGCAGUGUUGGGUCUGGGAAAUCAUCUCUUGUGUCUGCCAUGUUGGGAGAGAUGGAGAAAGUUGGGGGCACAGUUAAUGUUGACGGUUCUACAGCCUACGUGGCUCAACAAGCUUGGAUCCAAAAUGCAUCAGUGAAAAACAACAUCUUGUUUGGGAACGAUUUCCAAGAGUCCAGAUAUGACGAUGUGGUUGAGGCCUGCGCACUGAAGGCAGAUAUUGAUAUGUUGCCGGCAGGUGAUCUGACAGAAAUUGGCGAAAAGGGUAUAAACCUCAGCGGUGGACAGAAGCAACGAGUCAGUCUGGCAAGGGCCGUUUACUUUGACAGCGACAUAUACAUUUUAGACGACCCUCUCAGCGCUGUCGAUGCCCAUGUAGGAAAACACAUCUUUGAGCACGUUAUCGGAAAGAACGGUGUUCUCAAGGACAAGACCAGGGUACUGGUGACCCAUGGUAUCCACUGGCUGCCUCAUGUAGACACCAUCGUCGUGGUUACCAAUGGUGAGAUAUCGGAGACGGGAUCGUACGAGGCCUUACUGGGUCACGACGGAGCGUUCUCCAAGUUCCUGAAGACAUAUCUCAUCGAGCACCAGGAGGAAUUAGAAGCAGCAGAGGAAGAAGAUGCAGUUUUAAAGCAAGACAUUUUCCACAGACUGGUAUCCAUUCAGCCUGAUGUUGAUCAUUCCGAGGCAAACACUUUGACUGAAAAACUGAUACACUGGAGAAAAUCCCAUAGAGAAUCUGAUAAAAGUACAACAGAUGUUAGACGCCUUACUUCACAAGGAGACAAAAUGAUUCAAUAUUCAGCGCAGACGUCUCCGGUUCCAUCUGAAAAUAUUGACGCUGCAAGGCUUAUAGAAGAAGAGGAAGUUGAAAUUGGUCGUGUACAAUGGAAGGUCUACAUGCAGUACGCUAGGGCUCUGGGACUGAAGUAUGCCGUAUGUCUCGUGGUCCUGUAUGCCAUCUAUCAGUCCCUGUAUAUCUGGUCGGCUAUCUGGCUCACUUACUGGACUGCAGACCCACAGCUGCAGAACCUCACCCUGUACCCUGCCAAUAGUACAGCAAGGAGGGAACUCAACAAUUACUACCUCACGAUUUACGGAGAAUUCGGUAUCGCCCAAGCAAUUGCGGUGCUGAUAUAUUCCCUUGUGCAAGCAUUCUGUGUAAUAGAAGCAGCCAAAGUUCUGCACCAAAAGUUACUCGUGAAUGUUCUGCGAGGUCCGAUGUCCUUCUUCGACACUACACCUGUGGGCCGCAUUGUCAACCGGUUCUCGCAAGACAUUGAGGCUGUCGACAGUACGUUGCCAGAAAAGAUUGUGGAAGUGUUGUGGAGUUUCUACGCAGUAAUCAGCGUCUUUGUAGUCGUGGCCUACAGCACCCCGAUAUUCCUGACAGUGAUUCUACCCCUGGGAUUUCUUUAUUUCAUCAUGCAGCGUUUUUAUAUACCUACGUCACGACAGCUCAAACGGUUGGAGACAAAGACUCGGUCACCAAUCUACAACAAUUUCCGGGAAAGUUUGGCAGGUGUGAGCACUAUUCGCGCUUUCCGCGUCCAAGAACGAUUCAUGGACAUUUCUGACAGCAGGGUAGACUUGAAUCAAGAGUACACAUUUGCAAGUAAUACCGUGGAGAGAUGGCUCGGUAUACGCCUGGAUAUCAUGGGAGGAGUCGUGGUCUUGGCGGCAUCCUUGUUCUCGGUCCUGGAAAGAGGCAACAUAUCGAGCGCUAUCGUUGGACUUUCAGUAUCAUAUGCCCUGCAGAUCACUGAAAUCCUUGCCUGGUUUGUGAGGAUGGUGAGUGAAUUCGAGACCAACAUUGUAAGCGUGGAACGGAUAGGCCAAUACACGGCAAACAAAACAGAGGCACCCCUGCAUUCUGACGUUCAGCUGCCUGUUGAUUGGCCGUCUGAGGGCUCGAUUGAACUGCGAUCAUAUUGUACUCGGUAUAGAGAUGGUCUUCCAUUAGUCCUACAAAAUUUACAUGUGAAAUUCAAACCCGGUGAAAAGGUGGGAAUAGUGGGGCGGACAGGUGCGGGGAAAUCUUCGCUGACCCUCGCGCUGUUCCGACUGAUCGAGGCGGCAGAAGGAAGUAUUGUCAUUGACGGUGAAGACAUCAGUCGUCUGGGUCUCCAUGAUUUACGAUCCCGUCUGACAAUUCUGCCACAGGAGCCAGUCCUUUUCUCAGGAAGUCUUCGCAUGAAUUUGGAUCCCCUCGGGGCCCACAAUGAUGAUGAUUUGUGGGCAUCGCUGGAUCACGCGCACUUGAAGACUUUCAUUGAAGGACUUCCCGGUCAGCUCGAGUAUGAAGUUGGGGAAGGUGGUCAAAAUCUUAGUGUGGGUCAGCGUCAGCUGAUCUGUCUCGCCAGAAGCCUGCUCCGCAAGAUGAAGAUUCUCGUCCUCGACGAGGCGACCGCAGCCGUGGAUCUGGAGACAGACUCACUCAUUCAGGACACGAUCAGCUCAGAAUUCGGGGAUUGUACCGUGCUCACCAUCGCUCACCGGCUCAACACCGUCAUGGAGUACGAUAAAAUCCUCGUUCUCAGUGAUGGACGAAUCCUAGAAUACGACCGGCCUCAGACCUUGUUGGCUGAUAGCAACUCUGCUUUUUAUGCCAUGGCCAAGGAUGCAGGGCUCGUGUCUUGUGAAUAAAGUUGGCAGAUUUGGAAUGAUUUCGUGACUUCAAACAGAGAUGGACUCCGCUGCUUCUGGUCCCUUGUUGCAACAAAGACUGUACUCGAGUCCUGAGAAAAGGUUACGAGCUGACAGGGGCAUUUGAUUGUCAGAGCAAUCAGGAGCGUCCCUGAAAUGAUAUGGGACUAAGCUUUAAACAUUGUGGCAUUGUGAAAAGAAAACGUGGGAGACAUAAAAUUUGUGUUUUAAUGUAUACAAUGUUCAACUGAAUAAAAAUAACAAGAGC